GGCAGGGGGCGGGGCCGAAGCGCAGGCGGGCUCAGAGGGGUCGGAUUCCUGAAGCAGCAAAAACCCCAGCGCCAGAGCUAGGCCAAGCAAAGCAGCGCUGCGAAGCAGAGGCCGCGGGGACUUGUCAAAGACCCACGGCUGCCUUCGCCUUUGCUGCUGCAGUCAACUCUCUUAUUCCUUGCCUACCUUUCCCGUCGUCUCCUCAGUCACCGUUUCGCAGCGGCAACACCAUCGAUAACAGCUAAGUGGUCAAUUCUGGGACUUGGGGUUGGGAAUCAGGGCGGGUGCGAGGCGUGGGCAGUACAAGCCAGCCCGCCAUCUCCUGCGGCAACCGCCACUGCUGCAGACACUUCUCCCGAGCGGGAAAGGAGAACGCUAUCAAAAGGUUCACGCUGUAUCAGUGCUCACCGUCAGAGUUAGAGCGUUUUUGUCAAGACUUGGCGAAAGACUUUUGACUGGGGAAGGGAGGACGGACUCUGAGAUCACGAAAACAGAUAUAAUAUUGAAUAGUGUUGACUUUUGGUCCUCUUAAUCAAACAAGUGGCAGCUUUGCUUAAGCCUCCUUAAACCCUGAGCCAUGUCGCCCCCAACAGUGCCUCCGAUGGGUGUAGAUGGCGUGUCCGCAUACCUGAUGAAGAAAAGGCACACCCACAGGAAGCAGCGACGCAAGCCCACUUUCCUCACGCGUAGGAACAUCGUAGGCUGCCGCAUUCAACACGGUUGGAAGGAAGGCAACGAGCCGGUGGAGCAGUGGAAGGGCACAGUGCUCGAGCAGGUUUCUGUGAAGCCCACCCUCUACAUCAUCAAAUAUGAUGGCAAAGAUAGUGUAUAUGGACUAGAGCUGCACCGAGAUAAGAGAGUUUUAGCGCUAGAAAUCCUUCCUGAAAGAGUGCCAACUCCUCGCAUUGAUUCUCGUCUGGCAGAUUUCCUGAUUGGCAAAGCGGUGGGGCAUGUGUUUGAGGGUGAGCACGGUACGAAAGAUGAAUGGAAAGGCAUGGUCCUGGCGCGAGCUCCCGUGAUGGACACUUGGUUUUACAUCACCUACGAGAAAGAUCCUGUCCUUUAUAUGUACACGCUGCUGGAUGACUACAAAGAUGGUGACCUGCGCAUCAUUCCAGAUUCCAACUACUAUUUCCCUACAGCAGAACGGGAGCCUGGAGAAGUGGUCGACAGCCUCGUGGGCAAGCAAGUGGAACAUGCCAAAGAUGAUGGGUCCAAAAGAACCGGCAUUUUUAUCCAUCAAGUGGUGGCCAAACCGUCUGUCUACUUCAUCAAGUUUGAUGAUGAUAUUCACAUUUAUGUCUAUGGCUUGGUGAAAACUCCCUAAAUUCAUUGUGCUCUUUACAAAAGUCGUGGAACUAUUAAAUGUAAAACAUGUCAUGUUCUUGCAAUUGUGAAUUUUUGAGAAAAGUUUUGGUGUCAGAGAUUCAGGAAUUUAUUAUUACUUGUUACUGAUUGUGCCUCCAAAUCUUACAUUGACUAGUUCCACAGUUUUGUCCCAAGUUUACAUUGGUACUUUUGAUAUUGCCUUGUUCUGUAACUGAAGAGUUAAGUUGGGUGCUAAUAGGAAAUUGAAACGUAUUCAUGACCAUUGGAACAAUGAAAAACUGAAGAAAAAUUAAUGGUGUAACUCCACACCAGGUCCUGUCCCCCAUUUCCCUCAUUUUAUUAUCUCCCUUCUUUCUUAUUCCCAGGUAACAAAUGUUAAGAACAUGAUGUAUGUAUAUCCUUCCACGUUUUCCCAUCCACUUGCAGAAAGUUUGUUGUAGUCUUUUCUGUAAAAAUGAAAAGCCUCCUCAUUUUCCUGUAAUUGUUUUUCACAUUUGGAAUAUUCAUGGUAUCUUUUCUAAUCAGUAGCUACAAAUCUUUCUCUGUCCCCCUCUCCCUUUCCCCUCCUCUCCACUCCCUGUUCCCUUCUGCCUUUUUCUCUCUCUCUCCUUCCAUCUAGCAGUUGCAUAUACAGUAUAUUUAUGUACCAAAAAAGUAUUCAACCAUUCUGUUAUUGAUAGUCACGUAAAUUAUUUCCUUUCCUUUUCUCACCAUAGCACUGCUGCAAUACAUUCUGGUGCUUUUAUUUCUACUGGGUAGAUUCCCAGAAAUGGAAUUGCUGGUAAGAGAUAUAUUUAAUUUUAAAAGAUAUUACAAAAUUACUAUACAAAAUGAAAGUGCUCAUUCUCCAGUAUCCUCUCCAUGAAAAUUUGCAAAUGUAGAAGGUAAAAAAUUACGUAGUAUUUUUUUAAUUGACAUACUCGAGGAGGUGUUUUGUUUUGUUGACUGUUUGAAUUUUUUUCUUUUGUGAUUUUCCAGUUCUUUUGCUUAUUUAUCUAUUGAAUCUUUGAUCUUUUUCUUAUAAGUUUAUAGUAAUUCUUACUAUAUUUCUCUAUGGUACAUAUUAAUCAUGUAGCCAUUUGUAUUUUUUCCAUUCUAUCAUCGAUCUUGACUUUAUUGAUGUUAUAUUUUACUGUACAGUUGUUGCCGUUGUUGUUUUUAAUUUUUAGAUAGACUAAUAUCUCCUUUUCAGCUUUUUGGCUUCUUAUCUUUUUCAGAUUAAUGCCCCCACCCAAAUCAUACAUAUAUUCACCUACAUUUUUUCUAAUUUUUUAAUUAAUUUUAUUAAUUUUAGGUUUAACUAAAGCAUCUGGAAUUUAUUUUGUAUGUGGUAUAAGAUAAAGGUCCAACUAUACAUUUUCUUCACAUUGGAUUCCUGAUUAUACUAUGAUAUUUAUUAAAUAAACUACUCAUUUUUGAGUUUGUGAGCCAGUAUCCUAUUGUUUAACACUAGUGGCUUGACCAUAAAUUUUGAACUCUGGCAAAGCAAGUUACCUCUCAUUAUGUUUUUUUUUUCUUUCCCUUUUUUUUCUUUCGUAUAACUUGUUCUAGACAUUAAUUCUUUCUAUGAAAAUUAAAUGCAUUCUUUCAAAAUUCUGAUCUUAGAAUUGUGUUACAUUUCUGCGUUUCUAUUUAGAAGAUUAUUUUAAUAAUAUUAAUCCUUAACACUCAAGAGUUUGGGUACAUAAUUAAAAUCUUUUGAUUUUGUAUUUGUAAUGUUCUUCAUAUGGGUCUAUUAUAUCUGAUUAAACUUUCUUCCAAAUAUUUUUACAGAUUUUGUCACAUCUUGACAUUUUGACUUGGGUAUUUUUUCUUCCUCAUUUGUAACUUCUUAUUUUUGACAAUACAGACAAACUACAGAUAACUUUUUUAAAAA